AUGUAUACUAUUUUGUACCCAAGUGCUAGUAGACUAUUUAGCUCCACUAAUACAAGGAACUAUGAAACACCAACUUAUCCCGCCUCAAAAUAUGACACAAAUGCAAUCCAAUCAUAUCUUGAAUGUGGAAUCAAAUGCAGAUUCUUCCAUAAACCUAGAAUGGGUCCUCAGUCAGCCUCGAAUGUGAAAAUGAACGUGAAUUAUUCCAACCUUGAAACCACAAUUGUUCCAUGUAAACAAACAUUUUCAAUAGCAGGAAAUACUAUGCCCAAGCUAUUUGUCUGGAGAAUGGUAUACAGAAAUAGAGGAAGACCUGUUGUUGGCAAUGAUUUAGAUAUUUUAAAAUUUGAAGAAGAAAAUGAGGUAGAAGAUGAUCCAAAAUUAUGGCCAAAUAAAAAGAAAGCUGGUAUCAUGAUUUUAGUUUCAAUUUCUGAAAUGCUUGCUCCUAUUGCAUAUUUGUAA